CUUUAUAGCCGAACGGUUGCAUCGCGCUUCGAUUGUGUCUUUUGGAUUUAAUUUUUUUUUUUGAAAAAGUGUAUAUCCCGUUAAAAAGUAAUAAUCAAUAAAAAUAAAAACAAAAUAAAAAUUUCAAGUGUUUUUUGCAAAUCAAAAAAAAAAAAAAAAAAAAAUAUUUGAAAAAUAAAAGUGCACAGUAAAGUGAUCUGGAAUAAUAUAAUAAUUGCAGUAAAACCAACUCAAAAAAAAAAGAGUUAAUUUAUUCUUAAGUUAACUUUUGAUAUAAAUUUUUAUUUAAUUUUUUUUUUUGCAAAUUGAAAACCUGUAAUUGUGCUUUUAUACAUCGAAAGAAUUACCAUGAUGUCGGCCUUAAAGGCCAACAAAACAAACAAGAACCCCAGCCAAAGUCAAAGUUUGAAUGAGUGCAAUCGUCGUCAACGUCCACUACCAAUAAAUACAACAACAACAUUUGCAACUAAAAAAACGUCGACGGUAGCCGUGUUGAAUUCGGUUGGAUUGCAACAACUACUUACAAAAUCCACAUCACCAUCAGUUGCCGCCGCCGCCGCCGCUGCAGCUUGCCGCAAAUUCUCCAUUGAGAACCCAACCUACGUGCAACAACAUCAGAGUCACUACUUAGGGAACAGGUUACGAACAACGACUUCAACACUUACGGUUUACUUGCUCAUUUUCAUAGUUUUGUAUGGAUUUACUAAUUUUGGCGUGCAAUGCGGUACGGGGGCGGUCAGACCGGGCACUGGCAAUCCAUCGCCACGUCUACCGCGCACCAGCGCCAGUCAGCUGAAUAAUGGAACUGGAUAUAAAUUUGGAACGAAAGCUUCGAAUCAAACGAGAAAUGGAAAUUUACGAACAAGGCUUACCGAUGUACCACUCCAAGAACAACAACUAUUAAACAUAUUCGAAGUAAUAAUCUCAACAUUAGAGGGCAAACUGAAACGAAUCGAUAACCUUGACAAAGCUGUCGAGCAUCUGAUGCGACGUGUUGAAGCUCUUGACAAUCGUGUAGGUGACAAUAUAAUUAAAACCGAUUCAGUGAUUACAAAGCUACGUAAUCUCGACACCAAGAUUUCCUAUGAUUUCCAAAUAACAACACUGCCAACGUCCGAUUCCGAUGGUGGUGGAACAACUGGAGCACGAAAUCCUCGAACUUCAACAAAUCUUGACAGUCGACUGGUGCUGCUUGAUCAAAAAGUCAGCGAUAUCGAUUCCAAGCUAGAGGGUCUGAAAAAUCAAAUCGAUAAUAACUUCCUUCAAGUGGACGAUAUAAAUGCCGAGGCAAGUGAGAAGAAACCAAUCAGUAUGAAUGUAAUUGAGAUUACUAAAGCAAUGAAUGCCGAAGUAAUGAACCAUGUGACGCUGGAGUUGGGUGAAUUGCGCGGCACAACUGACAAUAUCGAUAAGAAAUUACAAUUUCAUAUAAAUAUUGUGUCGGAGAAUGUUGGCCGAAUGUUGCGCAUGGUUAGUGAUAUACAUGAAGCUGUUGUCGAUCAUAAUGAACAGUUAAAUGCCUUGAAUGCGACUACAACAGCCUUGCCAUUGAUCAAGUCGAGCAAGAUUGAUGCGCUGGUCAAGCAAAUCCGACCGAUGGUAUCGGUGUCGGAGAAGAUGGACGAGGUGUGGGAUGUUGUUGUUGGGACAAAAAGUUCGGUAGAUCAUUUGUUGCCAAAGUCGGAUGAACUUUUGACACAAACUCAGAGGCAGGAGAGGGCGAUUAGUGACAUUCAUAAUGAUCUGAAGACCAAGACUAAUUUGAUUAUUAACAACUUGGAUAUGGUUGAGAAGCGAUUGAAGAAACAAGAGGAUGAUGUAUCGCUGUUGGCACAGAGACCAGUGCCACCUGAAUUGCUAAUGGAUCCUACGAUUGAUAGACUUGUGGAAUAUGAUCCAAAUAGGUAUUCGGUUAUUGAAGAAUUUACAGAGCCAAUUCCAACAACACCGAUUGUUGCAUCAUCGACUAGCACUACUCCAGUGACUACAACGACAACAGUUGCAAAUCCUAGCACAACGACUAUUACCUUCCAGAAUCAAACAUCGGCGAAGCCAUUGUCACGGAAAGGCGGCAUUAUAUUUCCCAGUGUGAAAAAUAAACCGUCAGUUGUUAAUUCAACGUUUUCAACGGAUAUUCUUACUCUGAAGGAUGUUAAAGGCUUUUCAUGUGUGGACCUUUUAAAUGUGGGUAUGCGUCAAUCAGGAGUAUUCUAUUUACAAAUACGUGGAACAACAUAUUGGUUUUUAAAAGUAUUUUGCGAGCAAGAAAUAGCUGAUGGUGGUUGGACGGUUAUUCAACGUCGUGACGAUUUUGGUGAACCGAGAGAAAACUUCAAUCGUGAUUGGGCUGAUUAUAAAAAUGGAUUUGGUGAUCCAGCUAAAGAAUUUUGGUUGGGUAACGAAAAUAUUUACAUGCUGACAAAUAACGAAGAUUAUGCUUUACGUGUUGAACUUGAAGAUUUCGAAGGGAAUAAAAGAUACGCUCAAUAUUCUCACUUUAAAAUACAUUCUGAAGCUGAUUACUACAAACUUGAAAUCGAUGGCUACGAAGGAAAUGCUGGUGACUCUUUGAACGAUCCUUGGUAUGGCUCAAACAACAGUCCAUUUUCAACUUAUAAUAGGGACAAUGAUCGAAGCUCUCUUAACUGUGCCAGUAUGCUUAAGGGCGGCUGGUGGUGGAAGUCAUGCGGACGUGGUCUUAACGGUCUCUACUUACAUGACCCACAAGAUCUAACUGCACGACAAGGUAUCGUAUGGUUCCGUUGGCGUGGAUGGGACUACACCCUCAAAAAGGCAACAAUGAUGAUUAGGCCCCGUUUGCCGCAACCUAUGAGCACGGUGACGACGUCAUAAGCUUAACCAUCUUUAUUAUUUAUUUAUAAAAGAAAACAAAUUUGUAAAAUUCAAAAAAAAAAUCUAGAAAGUAUUUUUUCGCCCACACAUAAAUCAUUCAACUCGAGAAGAAGAAAAAAGAAACCAUCAAACAACAUAAAAAGAAAAAAAUGAUCAUCGCAAAAAUUUCAUUGUGAAAACUAUGAAUUUAUUUUUAGAGAUAUUUCACCUUUUUUGGAUUCGUUGGUGAAAUAUUUCUGCUUAGCCAAUCACAGUUAAUCCGAAAUAGUUUUUUUUUCUAAUUAACUUAUUUCUUAAACAAAAAAAUAUAACACACUUUAUGUAAUAAGUUCUAGAAAAUUAUAUUUAUAGGGAAAAAUUAAAGCAAUUUUGUUUGUAUAUUUUGCAUAUUGGCCGGAACUGUGACAAUAUUAAGUAAAAAAACAAAAAAAAAAAAAACAAUGCACUUGAGACAAGUAUAUCACACACCCCGACUAACAAUUUUACUUCUAUAAAACUUUACUAAUGCUCUUACUGCUUUUGUAAUGUUUUAAAGAAGCAAAAUUGUUAAUUGUAACACCAAGCUAAAAAAAAUGUAUAAAAUUACUUUGAAGGUUUAUUUUAAACAGAAUGUAUAACUUUGCUGCUUUGAGGCUCCUGUUGUAACUAUUCCUAUGAAAUACGUAAACUCUAUUUAAUAAUUUAAUUCAAGCCUCUUUAUAAAAUGCAUUGCUCUCUCUGUCUUUGAAUGAAAAACAAAAAAAAAAAUGUAAAAUUAAGAAUUUUUUUGAUAAUUCUACGCUGUUGGCAAAACUAUUCACCGUAAAAUAUUUUCUUUAUUAGAUUAUAUAUAUAAUUUUUUUUCAUUCAUAAUAAAUUAUUUUCUUCAUAAAUGAAUUCACCAUAUAAUAUAUAUAUCAUACAACAUUCAUUCAAUGAAAAUACAAAAAAAAAUCGAAGAAAGAUAUAAAAUUCAUGAGUUAAGUUUAUAUACUUAAAAUAACACACAUUUACACACGAGCACACACACAUGACACACAUAAACACACACAUGUAAAAGCAUGUUUAAAAAACUUUGUAAAUAUUCGUUUUUGUUGUAAAGAAUUUAUUUUAUUUUUUUUUGUUUUUCUAUUAUUUUUUUAUUAUAAAAGGAUGGAAAAUGAAGAAAUUGUACAGUGUUCUG